AGACAGCAUCAUUGUGUGUCGUACUUUGUCCUUAAUAAUUUUUUCAAUCAUGGAUGUCUCAUUACAGAGUAUUUUGGUUUUCGGUUAGCAAAGUUUUGGUGAAACCAUUAUUGUCCGAUCCUUGUGAAUAUUUAUUGUUUUUGCACCGCGCACCACAUGGUCCCUUGUGCCUCAUCAUAAAUCUCACUUAAUUCAUUUUCUCUCUCAUCUCUCUCUCUCCCCCUCUUCUGUUUGCGAGAAACAGAUAUGUGGGAUCGCUGCAAAGCAUUAUGAGAGCCCGAAACUUGGAUCUGCUGAAUGUAUGGGCCCUCGCAUUGGCCCUCCUUAUUCGGGCCGGAUCGUUCGGGCUCAACACUGACGGCGUGCUCUUGCUGUCGUUCAAAUACAGCAUCACAGCCGAUCCAUUCCAAGCUCUGCGGAGCUGGAAUGCCAACGACGACACGCCGUGCUCGUGGAACGGCGUCACCUGCGGAGCUCCGGGCUCCGGCGAGGCCUAUUUCCGUGUUACGGGCCUAUCCCUCCCCGAUUCCGGCCUCCGCGGCUCCCUCCCCGCCACUCUCGGCAUGAUCGACCACCUCCAAAACAUCAAUCUCUCCAACAAUUCCAUCAACGGUUCCAUCCCUUCCACUUUGUUCUCUGUUUCGGAGCUCGAAUUUUUUGACUUGUCCAGCAAUUUUCUCUCCGGCACCCUGCCGGAGCCCCUCGGAGAGCUUCGGAAUCUCCGGCUUCUCAAUCUCUCCGACAAUGCUCUGGUAGGAAAACUGCCCCUCAAUCUGACCGCGACUCCGAAUUUAACAGCCGUUUCUUUGAAGAAUAACUACUUUUUCGGCCCCAUUCCUGGGAAGAUCGAGUCAAUUCAAGUCUUAGAUCUGUCUUCCAACUUGAUCAACGGAUCUCUGCCGCCGGACUUGGGCGGCCCUAGUCUUUCUUAUCUGAACGUUUCAUAUAACAGGCUCUCAGGCAAUAUCCCGCCGGAAUUCGCUACCCAAAUUCCGCCCAACGCAACCGUGGAUCUCUCACACAACAACCUCUCAGGCCCGGUUCCGGCGUCUGAUCUUUUCCUCCACCAAGCAGCGGACUCACUCUCCGGAAACCCUGAAUUAUGCGGGGAGCCGCUUCAAAACCCGUGCCCUGCUCCAUCUCCCGACGUAAAUGGAAUUCCGCCGGCCGAUUCUCCUCCGGCAAUCGCCGCCAUUCCGAAAACCAUAGCCUCCAAUCCGUCGACGGGAGGCGUCGCUUCACGAGGGAAAAAGACUGGUUUGAGGAGGGGAACGAUCGUCGCAAUAGUCCUGGGAGACGUCGCCGGAAUCGCAAUCCUCGCAAUCAUCUUCCUCUACGUGUUGUACGCGAGGAAGCGAAGAAGAAGGAAAGCAAAAGAAAAUGCGAUCAAAAGGGAAGCAGAAAGCGCCAAGGAGUUCGACUGGGCGUCGUCGGAGUCAGCCCCGGCGCAACAACAGAGGUGGCUGGGAACGUGGACUUGCUUGAAAAAGCCACGACAUGCCGCCGCCGAUGAAGAUAAGGAUUCAAGCUCGAACUCAUCCACAGACUCCUCCGAGAAAGAAGAAGGCGCCCCAGACGAGAGGGGGGCGCUGGUGACGGUGGACGGCGAGAAGGAGCUGGAGGUGGAGACGCUGCUGAAGGCGUCGGCCUACAUCCUCGGGGCGUCGGGCUCGAGCAUAAUGUACAAGGCCGUGCUCGGAGACGGCACCACACUCGCCGUCAGGCGCGUCGGGGAAAGCGGGGUCGAACGGUUCAAGGAUUUCGAGAAUCAAGUUCGAGUGAUAGCCAAAUUGGUGCACCCGAAUUUGGUCAGGAUUCGAGGCUUCUAUUGGGGCGCCGACGAGAAGCUUGUGAUCUACGAUUAUCUGCCUAAUGGUAGCCUUGCCAAUGCCCGUCACAGAAAAGCUGGAUGCUCGCCUUGUCCUUUACCAUGGGAAAUGCGGCUCAGGAUAGCAAAAGGCGUGGCACGUGGGCUAUCUUACAUCCACGAAAAGAAGCACGUACAUGGAAACCUCAAGCCCAGUAACAUUCUUCUGGGCGCAGACAUGGAGCCCAAGAUAGGAGAUAUUGGGCUAGAAAGGCUGGUGGCGGGCGAUAUCGGCGGCUCAAAGGCCGGCGGGUCGGCACGGAACCUCGGCAGCAAGAGAUCGACCGCGUCGCGCGAGAGCUUCCAAGAUCUGGCUACACCGAGCCCUAGCUCGAGCGCGAUAGGCCUCUCGCCUUACCACGCGCCCGAAUCCCUUAGGAGCCUCAAGCCCCAUCCGAAGUGGGACGUGUUCUCGUUCGGCGUGGUGUUGCUCGAGCUGUUGACCGGAAAAGUCAUCGUGUCCGAUGAAAUGGGACCCGGACUAGCGUUAUUCGGAUCUUCCACGUCAGCAGAGGACUACGACAAGGGCAAAGUUUUGAGAGCGGCUGACGUGGCGAUCCGUGCGGAGAUGGAGGGGAAGGAGGAUGCCUUGUUGGUUUUGCUGAGAUUAGGGUAUAGUUGCAUAUCACCUGUGCCACAAAAGAGACCAUCAAUGAAAGAGGCUCUUCAAACACUUGACAAGUUUCCAAUUUCUUCAUUUUCUUGAUCCACGAACCCUAAUUGUGUAGAGAUUUUUGUAUCUAUGAUUCUAGACUAACAUGUUUAUUUUGUCCUACCAUCACAAAUUAACACACGAGUUUGUCUUGUUUCA